ACACUGAAGAACAUCGAGUCGGCCCGGCCGUUCGAUCAGCUCACUAUCGACGACGUCGCCGCUGCCGAGCCGAGCAUCGACGAGAAGACCACCCAGCUCGUCGCCAAGGGCCGCUGGUCCGUGCCAGGGUACAAGGAGAAAUUCGGCGACCUCUCUUUGCUAUAA